UUACAUUUAAAUGGACAGUGCUUUAAUAAGACAAACGUUCCGUUUAAAAAAAAAAGUCUUCAACGUGUCUUCUCGUUGUUAAACGUGUUAUUUUUAUUUAAAAACACACACGUCCAAAUGCCAGGCACUGAAAUUAGAUCCGGCCGGUGUCCUAAGAGAAGAACGAAGAACUUGAUGGCGUCCGUGUAGAAUGCCGGAGCAUUUACCAGAUUGAACUCUUUUCGCCUUUGAGGGAUUGGAGAAAAAGAAAGACUGCCCGGAAUCUAACAAACACAGGAUGGACUCGGAGGACAAUGAGGUGGAGAGCAGCAGCGAUGCAGGUCCUUCAGGGCUUGAGGAGCCCUCUGAGAGCGGGAUGGGAAUGGAGACGUCCGAGGCCAUGUCAGCGGACAGCAGCGACACGGUCGCCACGCCUCUGCUCGCACCCGAGCCCGACUCGCACGUGGGCCAGAGCUCCGAAGGCCUUUUGGAGGUGAUCCAGGAGAUGAGUUCCAGCACUGACAUCAUGGCUGUGGUUCACCUUCCUGACUCUUCCUCCGUCGCCCAGUCCACCAGCGUGUCCAGCGUUUCCACGGUGACACAGUCCCUGCUGGUGUCGGAGUCUGCGCAGGUCCUGGUUCACUCCAGCGCUGUUGGCUCCGAGGGGCUCAUGAUGGUGUCUGACUCCACUGCCUCCACCUCCAGUGACCUGGGCUCUGCCAUUGACAAGAUCAUCGAGUCCACCAUCGGACCUGACAUCAUGAACGGCUGUAUUGCUGUAACAAGUGCAGAAGAUGGAGGGGCUGAGACCACCCAGUACCUCAUCCUGCAGGGACCUGAUGACGGUGCCCCCAUGGUCUCACAGAUGUCCUCCUCCGCUUUCUCGAACCGGAUAGCCAUGGAGUCUUUGGCGGAGGGGCCCACAUCCACCUCCACAUGUCUGGACCAGUCGGAGAUGGUCGAUCACCAAGCAAGCCUUCAGGAUCAGGAUGGGAUGCAUCCGGAUCAAACUGACCAGCCUGGGCAUUCUGGCUAUCCUGAACACGAGGAGCCCCAGCAUUCCCGAUACAUUGAGUACAGUGGGGUUAAUCCAGAUCAACCACAGAAUUCCCAGUACUUUGAGUACAGUGGAGAGCUCCCUGAUCAGCCCCAGCAUUCCCAGUACAUUGAAUGCAGUGGGAACAAUCUGGAUGAACCACAAAAUUCCCUGUAUAUGGAGUGCAGUGAAGAUCGUCCUGACCAGCCCCAGCAUUCCCAGUACAUUGAGUGCAGUGGGAAUGAUCCGGAUGAACCUCAGAAUUCCCAGUACAGCGAGUGCAGUGGGAAUGAUCCAGAUCAACCUCAGAAUUCCCAGUACAGCGAGUGCAGUGGGAAUGAUCUGGAUCAACCACAGAAUUCCCAGUACAUUGAGUGCAGUGGGAAUGAUCCGGAUCAACCUCGGAAUUCCCAGUACAACGAGUGCAGUGGGAAUGAUCCGGAUCAACCUCAGAAUUCCCAGUACAGUGAGUGCAGUGGGAAUGAUCCGGAUCAACCUCAGAAUUCCCAGUACAGCGAGUGCAGUGGGAAUGAUCCGGAUCAACCUCAGAAUUCCCAAUACAGUGAGUGCAGUGGGAAUGAUCCGGAUCAACCUCAGAAUUCCCAGUACGGUGAAUGCAGUGGGAAUGACCCAGAUCAACCUCAGAAUUCCCAGUACAGCGAGUGCAGUGGGAAUGAUCCGGAUCAACCCCAGCAUUCCCACGAGCAGUCUGGGUAUCGGGAGGUAGAGAGGGCGCAGCGCCUGGGGGAGCUGGACCUGGCAGAGCUGGAGGAGAUGAUGGAGGUGGUGGUGGUGCGGCAGUUCAAGUGCAAGAUGUGUCCCUACAAGAGCAUCUCCAAGGACACCCUCAUCAAGCACAUGAGGGAGCGCCACUUCAGAAACAGCAGUGCCCCCCCACCAAAGAAGCGAGGCCGCGGCCGUCCCAGACGACAGGACUCCUCCCAGGAGGGAGCAGUGAAGGGGGAGGAGCAGGCCGAGGAGGAGGAGGAUGAUAUUGUAGACGCCGGUGCAAUUGACGACCCUGAAGACGACAGUGACUAUAACCCAGCCGAGGAUGAGCCUCGCGGACGGCAGCCCAGUUUGCAGCGUAGUGCCCCAACCUCUUCCCUGGAGAGGCCUCGUCGAAGAGUGGUGCGCCCCAGGAAGUUCCCCGCUGACAGGCGCCCUCAAAACCAAGGAGCCGAAGUGGAGCCCUUGAUUCCCUCUGUAUCCAAUCAAAGUGCGGAGCUACAGGGUUCCGAGGCUGCGAGCUCCUCAGGGUUGGGCAAUGGGGCGACCUCAACAUCCAAUGAGAACUGCGCUGAGCCUGGUGUCAGCCAAUCUGAUUCAGAGAACAAGGAUCCCUCCUCUAAUACAGGUUCAGAGGAGACAGGCUACUUCCCGAGGAGGCGAGGCCGACCCUCCAAGCGAUUCUUACGCAAGAAAUACAAGAAGUACAUGUCAACCCGCAAAUAUUAUUACAGAUCGCACAAGCCCCUGCUGAGGCCACAUCACUGCCGGAUCUGUGGCUCGCGUUUCCUGACGCAGGUCGACAUGCGAUUCCACCUGGAUUCUCACGAGGGGAACGACCCAGAGCACUUCAAGUGCCUGCAGUGCAGCUAUCGGUGCAAGCGCUGGUCUUCCUUGAAGGAGCAUAUGUUCAACCACGAGGGAACAAAGCCAUACAAAUGUGAUGAGUGUGACUACACCAGUGUGUACAAGAAGGAUGUAACCCGUCACUCUGCCGUGCACAGCAAGGACAAGAAAAAGAAGACUGAGCUGGACGACAAGGUUCCCAAGAUCACCCAGUACCCCUGCCCAGUAUGCAGCCGGGUCUACCCCAUGCAGAAGCGGCUCACACAGCACAUGAAGACGCACAGCUUGGAGAAACCGCACAUGUGUGACAAGUGCGGGAAAUCCUUUAAGAAACGAUACACCUUCAAAAUGCACCUCCUGACUCACAUCCAGAGCUACGGGAACAGCAGGUUCAAGUGUGAGUUCUGUGAGUAUACGUGCGACAAUAAGAAGCUCUUGCUCAACCACCAGCUUUCACACACCAGUGACAAGCCCUUCAAAUGUGACUACUGUAAAUACUCCACCACCAAAGAGGACUUCCUGGUGUCUCACAUGGCCAUCAAGCACACAGGUGAGAAGCCGUUCUCCUGUGAUUUGUGCCACUUUGUGACGAAGCACAAGAAGAACCUGCGGCUGCAUGUGCAGUGCCGUCACGCGGAGAGCUUUGAGGAGUGGGCCAAGAGUCACCCCGAGGAGCCCCCACGCCGCCGACGCCCCUUCUUCACCCUGCAGCAGAUAGAAGAGCUCAAGCAGCAGCACGAGAACAGCCAGGCUGUGCAGGACAGCACUCACGGGCCCAUCGUUUCAAUAGCGCAGAUGGCAUUUCAAGCAGUGCAGUCCACAGAGAAUCCCACGGUAACCCAAGAUUCGCUGGGAAAUACCACCAUCAUAUACGAGCAAGGAGAUGAAUCGGCUGAAUUGGCAGCACAGAAUGCACUGGACCUGCUGCUGAACAUG